GGUGGCAUUAGUCAACAGAGUUAAUCGUUUUCAGAAAACAGACAAUUUUGCUGGAAUUAACUGCAAAUAAUUGUACAAAAAUGCCGUCACGUAGCAGAAGUCGGUCAAGAAGCCAACGCAGAGACCGAUAUCGAAGGAAACACGACAGCGGCAGGUCUCGGGAUCGUUCGGACAGGCGGGAAACAAACAAGCCGGUGUCACACAGCAGUUCAGGUUCUAGGACAAGAGAACAUCAAAAGAGAACGCAUACACAUGAAAGAAAUGGUUACACUGAGUCAUCGCCACCAAAGCGUGAACGCCGCAGUUCGAGAGAGCCGCGACGAGAGCCGCAACGAAAACAGCGCUCCCGUUCCCGCUCCUCGAGCACGGACUCUAGCAGCAGCGGGUCAGCGGAUAGUAGCAGCGACUCUAGUAGCUCCAGUUCCCGCAGCCGUAGUCGCAGUCCGGUCAAAAAGAGACCAAAAUCCGUUGAACGAUGGCCGAAUGAUCGUUUCAAAGACAACAACGACAGGCAAAAGAAUCCAUUCAAAGGACGUGCACCCGAAGGCAGCUUCAUCAACGAUCCGGCUGAACGGACAGGCCGACCACAUUUUAACAACCGAGGUGGAGGUCAAAUAAAAGGCGACUCAAAAGCCUUAAAUGCGAGACGAGCACAACGUGUCCACAUUGGCGAGGAAGGCGUUCCAGAGGUGUGGGGAACGAGUCCGACACGGGCUCAUGAUGAUGAUGUGGAGCUGGUUAAAGGUUCAUUUGUUGGACCCAAAAAGAAGAAGAAAAAGAAAAACAGCAAGAAAUCUGAUGCAAAGUCCAAAAAGAAAUCGAAAAAGUCGAAAAAGAAAAAGCAUAAAAAGGAUUCCAGCAGCUCCUCCGAAACAUCAUCUUCAUCAUCAAGCUCUAGCAGUGAAGACAGCUCCUCGAGUGAAGACAGUUCUGAAGAUGAGAAUGCAGAUGAAGUUUGGUUGGAAAAGACUGAGGAUGGCAUUAAGAAGUCAUCAAAGAAGAAAGCAAAGAGUUCGCACUCAAAAUCGAAUAAAAAACACAAAAAGAAGAAGAAGAAGCGCAAAUCAGAGUCAUCCAAGCACAAGAAAAGUUCAUAUGGUGGAAGCAAGUCCAAAUCCAAGUCUAAUGGCGGCAAUAAUGAUGAGGAUGUGGGUCCAUCGCUGCGCCCAGGCGGCAGUUUGAAUCAAAAGGACUUUGGUCGUGCUCUCCUGCCCGGCGAAGGAGCUGCCAUGGCUGCUUAUAUUGCCGAGGGCAAGCGGAUUCCCCGACGUGGUGAGAUCGGUCUGACAUCGGAUGAAAUAGCCAACUUUGAAUCGGUGGGCUACGUAAUGAGCGGAAGUCGCCAUCGUCGCAUGGAAGCGGUGCGCAUACGAAAGGAAAAUCAACUUUACUCUGCGGAUGAAAAACGCGCUCUCGCCAUGUUCAGCAAGGAGGAGCGACAAAAGCGAGAGAAUAAGAUAUUGACACAAUUCAAAGAUAUGAUACACUCAAAAUUGCAAGCUAAAGAUAAGAAGUAGAGAUGACUGAGUUGUAAAUAUUAAUAAACCAUAUUUUAUUAUGACAGCAUCUUUUAAAA